AGGUGUGGGUUAGGUUAGUUAGCUGAUCGCUUUCGGUUGGGAGCAAAGUCAUCGGUCGGGUUAUAAACUCAGUGCUCGGCUCUGCGGGAGGGCAGAUUCUUUAUGAAUCCGACUAAAAGACUCUGGCGGGACCAUGCUGAGAUUAUCCCAAGCGACACUUUGCCUUUGUUUGUUGACUGUGUUGGAGACAACAGUUUUCUUGGCAACUUGCUCACCGGCUAACGUUACGGGUUUUGACAAGGAUGCUUUCACCAUCCAGCACUCAAGCACAGGGAAGUGCCUGGGUACAGGGGCCUCUGCAGACCUGAGCCUCACCACCUGUGAUCCGCUCAGCAUGUCCCACCUAUGGAAGUGGGGCUCUGGUCAGCGGCUCUUCCAUGUGGCCACAUCCUACUGCUUGGCACUGGAUGUACACUCCAAGACGUUGUCCCUGGUUGACUGUGGCGCCGACAUCAAUUUGGGUUGGCACUGCAUGGAGGGGGUUGUUUACACUGCUUAUCAGAUGGGCCUGGCGGUCAGCGAAGGCAAAGUUGCAACCAGACGUGACACUAAUGAUACUUGGGUAAGGGGAGGGUCCCAGGACAGCAUCUGCCAGAGGCCUUACCGUGUUGUCCACACCUUCAAUGGGAACUCUGCUGGCAGUCCCUGUGAGUUCCCCUUCAAAUACAAUGGCAGCUGGCAUCACGGUUGCCUCCCUGACACAGAUGUCCCUGGACUCUCCUGGUGUGGCACCACCUUGGACUAUGACCAAGAGAAAAAAAUGGGAUACUGUCUAACACCUGAGGAGGGAUGCCAGACUCUUUUUGCUGGGCCAGAAGGGGAAUUCUGUUACGAGUUUGUUUUCAGUGCCGCCGUGACCUGGCAGGAAGCUUUGGACUCAUGUCGCAGUCAAGGAGCAGAUCUGUUCAGUGUGUCUGGGCCUGACGUUCUCUUCUCCAAAACCUUUUUGGAUGGCCUUGACAAAAUGCCUGAGCGGAUGUGGAUCGGCCUUCACCAGUUAGACAUGUCUCAGGGCUGGCAGUGGUCAGAUGGCUCCCCUCUCUCCUUCCUGCGCUGGGAAAAAGGAAUGCCACCCACCUCAGCAGUCAGCAUGUCAGACUGUGGAGUCCUGAACUCCAAACACAACUUUGAAUCUGAGGCAUGCAACAAAAAGCUGCCAUACAUCUGCAAGAAGAGUUCCGAUGCUUCUCAUACAGAAACAACAGAGCCUUCUGUGUAUAAAGAAACCGUGUGUGCGGAAGGCUGGAUCCCAUGGAAUGGCUGGUGUUACAAAUUAAUGAAGGAUGAGCCACGAAACUUUACAGACGCCCAGCUGUACUGUAACACAACAGAGGGAGGACGAGAAGGCUCCCUGGCCAGCUUCCAUUCCAUUGAUAGCCAAGAGAUGAUCAGCACUAAUUUCCAUGCAGAUUUGCAAGUGUGGAUCGGUCUCAUUGGGACGGACAUGAACCCCACGACCUUCAAGUGGAUCGACCAGGCACCCGUCACCUUCACAUACUGGGGCCCAAAUGAACCAGUCCAGCCCACUCAGGAUACCAGCUGUAUCUUCUACUCGGGAGAGUCUCAUGGUUGGAAAGUCGGGAGCUGUAUGCAGAGUCUACCUUUUAUGUGUCAGACAAAAGGCGAGACCAGGGAAGCAGUGACCCAGACCAGAUGUCGCUUUGAAGAUGGCUGGAGGAGACACGGCAACGCCUGUUAUAAAGUUAACGACGAACAAGUAUCCUUCAAAGAUCACUGUAACAUCACAAUAAGAAACAGGUUUGAGCAGGCCUUUAUCAACCGCCUGCUUGCAAAGUACAUCAGCAAGGAACCUCGGUAUUUUUGGAUAGGCCUGCAGGACAUUAAGAAUACAGGAGAAUUCCAGUGGCUGAGCCAGGACGGGUCCCCAGGCUUGGUUACAUACACCAACUGGGGAUGGUUUGAACCAGAGUUGCAUGGAGGUUGUGCAGUGAUUUCUACCGGACAACCCUUUGGCAAAUGGGAGGUGAAGAACUGUACCGUUUUUAAAGCUGGCACCAUUUGCAAAACAGACCUCAGUCCACCUCCACCCCCAGAGCCAGAGCUGAAUCCCAAUGCAACCUGUCCUCAGGGAUGGGUGUCGGGACCAAACAUCAAAUACUGCUACAAGGUGUUUCAUAAAGAGAGGUUGAGCAGGAAGCGCUCCUGGGAGGAGGCUGAGAGGUUCUGCCAGGCUCUGGGAGCCAACCUGCCUAGUUUCACAAAUUCUGCUGAGAUGAGGACCCUGCACAGCAUCAUGAGAGAAACCAUCAGUGAUAAUCGGUACUUCUGGGUUGGCCUGAACAGGAGAAAUCCAUCCGAUCGCUCCUGGGAGUGGAGCGAUGGCCGGCCUGUAUCUGUGGAUGUUUUACGCCCUGAGUUCCACGAGGAUUAUGCAUACAAUCGUGACUGCGCUGCAUUCAAGACGACGAAGAGCACCUUGAGAUACCUUUUUAUGUUACCUCACCCUGACUUUCAUCAAGCACCUUUCUACACCACACCGUUUCACUGUGAUGCCAGGCUAGAGUGGGUCUGCCAAAUACCCCGCGGAAAGACACCAGAGAAUCCAGACUGGUACAAUCCUGAUGGGUACCAUGAGACCUCUAUCUUCAUAGAUGGAGCAGAGUUUUGGUUUGUUCAGGAGCCUCAGCUAACUUUUGCGGAGGCGAAGCUCUUUUGCGAGAGGAAUAACAGCAAACUGGCUUCACCAACCACCUCCACUGCUGCCAAUCAAAUCCACCAGCACCUGCAAACUAUCUCAAGAUCUCCUAAGCAAAACUGGUGGGUCGAUGCAUUCAUUCAACGUGUAUGGUACACCCAGAUGUACUUUUACCAUUCAGCUUUCCUGGGCAGAUGCAUCUCCAUUAGUCCUGAAAAUGUCUUACCAAUCCAUGACUUCAGUUGCCAGCAUCCGUUGUCCUUUGUGUGUGAGAGAGACAACAUCACGUCAGUGGAGAAAAACCCUCUGGAGCCUCAGCCUGGAGGCCUGCCCUGUGGAAAUGAGUCUCUGCCCUUCAGAAAUAAGUGCUACACAGUGAUGAAGAGCAUAAAACCAUUGACAUUCAAGCUUGCCAAUGAGGAAUGCCAGUCAAUGAGGGGAACCCUGGUCACUGUAUCAGAUCAAGUGGAACAAGACUUCAUCAAUACACUUUUGCCAAGCAUGACAAACAUGGAAGCGGUAUGGGUUGGUCUGAAAAUCAGACACAACGUCCCUGAAUGGGUGGACCAGUCCCCAGUUGAUUACGUCAACUUCAACUCACUGCUUGUGAGCAUGAACAAAGCUAUACUCGUCAAUCGAUGGGAUCCAGAGAGUAUUGAUUUGUGUGUGUUUAUGAUCAAUAACCCCAACUCUGCCAUGCUGGGAACCUGGGACUAUAAUUCCUGCACACAGCUUCGAAAUGUGGGCAUUUGCCAACACUAUGCAGAUAAAGUAGAGGAGCCCCAAGUCCCCACAAAACCCAUUCUCGUCAACAACCACACCAUCCAGCUGCUUGUCAAAAAUCUCACCUGGUUUGAGGCCUUGGAGCAGUGCAGAGAUAAUAGCAUGGACCUGGUGAGCGUGGCUGACACCUUCUUCCAGUCCACCCUCACUGUGCUUGUGAGCCGUGUGCGCAAGCCCAUGUGGAUCGGCCUCUUUAGCGAAGAUGAUGGACUCCACUACCGCUGGACUGACCACACUCACACUGUAUUCAGCCGGUGGUCUCCUGAUGUCACCAGUGGCUCGUGUGUCUACCUGGACACCGAUGGCUUCUGGAAAGCCACCGAGUGUGAGGAGGAGCUAGGAGGUGCUAUCUGCCACAAACCACACAAAGAGAUCAUCACUACACCAGAGGAUGCUGCAGUGAAGUGCCCCCAUAAGAUCAAUGGUCCAAACUGGAUCCCCUUCAAGAACAACUGCUACUCCUUCCAGAUGGUCUCCACCAGAUGGGACCAGCUUGACCAAGGACAGAUUCCUGAUACCUGCAAAAAACUUGAUCCAAAUGCAGAGAUCCUAACGAUCCGAAAUGAAGAGGAGAACGAGUUUAUCAAGGAGCAACUCCUGCCAUUCCAAAACCUGGCCCGGUUUGUUUGGCUGGGGCUGUUUAAAGAUGACAACGAUAACCAGAUGAAGUGGUAUGAUGGCACAAAUGUCCAAUACUCCAACUGGGUAAAAGGCAGACCGAAUGUAGAUGGACCAUUCUUGGCUGGUCUCACUACUGACGGAUACUGGCUUCUCAUUUCAAACAAAAAUUUAUUCUCAGAGUUUAAACAAAGGACGAUUGUGACCUGCAAGCUGGACAAUGAACCAAAACAGCAGUAUAACCGGUCAUCCAUGGAUUUUCAGCACUAUGGUAACUUAACUUACGAGGUUGUGGCUCGAAAGUUGAAUUGGUACCAGGCUGUGGAAGAGUGUGGUCAGCGUGGAGGCCACCUGGCGAGUGUCCAUGACAUCCAGCACAAUGCACAUGUGAAGCUCAUUGCCAAGACAGACGGCUUCCCGCUCUGGAUUGGCCUGUCAAAUCAGGACGUUAGCGGCUCAGCCUUUGAAUGGUCUGAUGGAACAAGCUUUGACUACAAAGACACCAUCUCUGACUCAAAGCAGGGCCCAGGCUCAAAGAAACAAGAGGCCAGCUGUGUUCUUGUAACCUCUACUGGAGCCUGGGAGAAGACCAGCUGCACUGGGCUGGCGGAAGGAGCCAUCUGCUACACCACCACCAUCACCACUACUUCCCAGAGAGCCAGACUGCAUGUUGCCCCAGAGGCCAAUCACUGCCCUCAGAGCAACGGUGUACCCAGUGGUACGUCCAAGUGGGUGCAGCAUCAGGAUCACUGUUAUGCCUUCGACAUGAGCUUCUACAAUUACAGUGUGUACAGCAUGGAGCAGGCUAAGAGCAUCUGUCAGAGCAUGGAUUCUGAACUGCUGACUAUAAAAACUAAAGAGGAGAACGACUUUGUGUCAAAGUACAUUUCUGAUGACCCUCUCAUCACCGGGCGUGUAUGGCUCGGGGUGGACUUUGAUACUCAAGGUAAGCCUCUACACUGGCAGGAUGGCUCGGCUAUGGCUUAUUCUAACUGGAAGCCCGAGGCCUUGGCUGCUGGGAAGAAAUUGGCAUCUCACUGUGCCGUCAUGAUGGCAGGAGACGAAGGAAUCUGGAAUUCUGUCAGCUGCAAGGCUAGCCACAGUCGUGUUGUUUGCAAAACUGCUGCAAGGCCUGCAGGCUCACCUGUAGCACUGGGUCUCUUCAUCGUGGUCCUCCUCGCUCUGCUUGCAGUCAUCGGCUUCAUCAUCUAUAAGAAGAAAAGAGCCCACUUCUCUUCUACCGUCCGCUACAAGAGGACAUUUGAUGAGACAGACACCACCAGUAUUAUAACAGAUGCUGACUGAGCUUGCUUUAGUAAUCAGCCUCAGGGAGUAUUGAUGUGUGUGCCUUGUGUGCAUUUUGGUACUUUUAAGCAAGAUCAGAUGCAGCCUUCCACUCUUUUUUAAAUUAUUUAUUUGUCCUGGUCAAGCUAGCAAACUUCCUACAAUUAUUUGAAACUGUAAAUAUUGUUCAUGAACGUCAGCCAUGUCUGGUGAACGUUGAUCAUUGACAUUAAUGGGAUGUUUCAGUAAGUUUAGGCUGUUGUUUUUUUGUUUGUUUGUUUUUUAGAUUGUAAAAAGAUUUUGAGUUGACUUACAGAAUUAUACAACCUGAGAAAAUCUGUCUCACACUCCCAUUCAGCCGUGAAAGGGUUACAGUGCACUGACAUAUAAGUGACUCCAAAGCAUUAGAAACAAACUGCAGUUGUUUAUUCAUACUAUAUAUACCAUUUAUAUUGUUAAUUCCAAACUCAUAAUUUAAGUUCAGAAGGCUUGAUUUCUGUCCAGCAUAACAGAAAUCAAUACAUUCAUAGAUCUUUAAAGGGACAGUUCACCUUAAAAUACAGUAAAACCUAUUUUUGUUUGACUUUAACUGUUAUAUAUCCAGAUAUUUCCUCUACUUUAAAUGCUCAGAAUACUGCCCAGACCUCAUUGUGAACAGUUUUAGAAGUAGAUUUUUACCAAAGAAUUGCUAAAGGAGGAAACUUAAGUCUGGGGAUCUUGUGUAGACUCUUUGUACUGAGUGAUUGUACUCUGGUCAAGAAAAUAAUUAUGUAUUUUUGGAUGGACUGUGCCUUUAAGUAAGCCGAAAAAAUUAGUCAUGGAUGAAAAGCUCACUGAUUGUGCCUUUUAACAUAAUUACUUAAGAAGAAACCACUGUUGAGGCCUAUUUUAAUUCAGCUGACUUAUUAAUACCUAAAAGAAUGUUUUAGUUGUCAAUGUGUAAAUGAUGAAGGAGAAAAAUCAGUAGUUCUGCUGAUUAGCUUUAUAAGUACAUCACACAGUCUUAGCCUCAAACUAAAUCUGACACCUGUUUGUGUAAUUUCUGGGGUUUUUUUUCCUUUUACCUGACUUUACUUCUACUACUUUUUAAUCUGACUUUACUAUGCACAUUACUACUGAGCAAGAACGCACUUUAAUAUGUCGUGAAGCUGCAGUUAUUACUAUGUUCAAGCACAAUGAGGUUUGAAGAGUUUUUAAAGAUGUUUGAAUUACACUGGUGUUUGCUGUAAAGGGUUUGUAAAUAUGUUUGUUUUUUUUAACCAGAAUGAACCAAAGAUGCUCUGAGUUGUUUGAAUGUCAAAAGCCUGAGCUUUCCAUUCAGUUUGUGGAAAUGCUUUUGCAUGGCUUGUUAAGCCAUCCAUUCCAAGGUGUAAACAAAUGUUAAAGGUGUUUUUUUUUGUUUUUUUUUUUUUUUCUAGCUUGCACGCCAAUCCUAAACUCUUCUGUCAGCUCAAAUCAGGUAUACUGUCCUUCCAAUAAAAUUACCCGUCUUCCAAGA